AUGUCGUCUGAUCAGCCGGCGCCAGUCGAGGAGGCCAAGGAGUCGGAAGCACCAACAGCAGAGGAGGUGCAACCAGCUCAAAGCCCUCUGCCCGAGGUGCAAGCCGAGGAGACCCUCCUGCGGCAAGCGAAUCACUGGCACGCGCUCUACUUGGACGCGCAGGCCAGCGUGGCCCGGUUCCGCGCAGAUGCCGCGAAUCUGCAGCAACAGCUUGCUGACUCGCUGGAGCGGGAGAAGCACCUGAGUUCCCGGAACUUGCAGCUGCAUUGCAGACAGCCGUGUGAGGAGCAGGAGGAGCUAGUACCAGCCGGCGUAUCGCAGCUACGGAGCUUGGAGAAGCUGCUGGUGGCGAAGGAUGCGGAGCUUCGCCGGCUGCAAGAGGAGCUCGCUGACCGGCGCACUGAGGUCACCAAGCUGCGUGCGGAUCGGGGUGCUGCCUUGUCAGAGCGUGCCGAGCUGGAGACGCUGCGCACGGAGCUCCGUGCCCGAGAGGGCCUGGAAGAGUUGCUACAAGCCAAAGAACUGGAGUUGGCGAACGUGCGGAAGGUCCUCUCCUUGUCCGAGUCUUCCACUGCGGAGCGCCUGGCCCGAGCCAUGCGUUUGAAGCUUCAGGAGCUGCACCAGUCCCUCUCCAGGGAGGAUGCCAAGAGCCAACUGGUGGAAGCGAAGGAUCAGCAGCUUCACCGACUUCACCGUGAACUCGCCGAGCAGAAGGAGCUGUGCCGCCAGGUCACGGAAGAUGCCGAAGAGAUGCGGGCGAUUUGCGCCGACAGGCUCGUUAGCUGUGGAAACCAGGAGGCCAGCCACAUCCGCCUGAUUGAGUCCCUCCGCGCAGAGAACGCCAUGGCCGACAUGCGCAUCCAGAGUUUGGAGAUGCUGCGCCUGACUUUGCGGAUCUAA